UUCCCUAUGGAUGGAAUAGGGUGAUAGUAUGUAAUUAUCAGAUACACUGUCCACUUUUCUUUUAAACAAAUCGUUUACUUGUUUAUAGUUUUAAUAUGAGCUUCCGGAAAUGAAAUGCUAUUCAUAGUACUGAUAACGCACCCAAAUUCUUAAAGGUGAAUAAUCUUAUCAGUAUUGUUUUGUAACAUGAAAAUCAAUUACUCAUCAAGCAUGUUCCAAUAACUCUUAAAAACGCAACUAAUAAGCCAAUUCAACAUACAAAAAGAUGAAUGGUAUCAGAAAUUAUCAACACAAAAUUACGUAUUCUAAAAAAUCGCCGUCGAUACACACGUCAUAUACGCCACGAGUCAAAAAACCCCCCUUGUGCAAAGUGUGUCUGUUCCGAGAUAUUUUUUGCGGAAAUCACGACAUAUCUAGCGUUUGUGUUAUGCGCGUAGUGCUUGAACUUGAUAACCCCCUUUUUAGGAGACGCUCGAAAAACGUCGCUCCAGUAUUAUCGCUAUCAGUGAAUUUACGCAAACACUGCGAUACAUACUCUCAGUAGAAUCUAGUCGAGUGUCGAUCAAAUACACGGGAACCGGGGUUAAGUGAUUCAACUGAACGUACUCGAACAGGUGGUGUCGAUACGAUAUCAGGAAUAGGUGCGCGAUAUGAUACCAUUGAUAACGCUAUCUAGUUCGGAAUUCAACGAAACCACGCUUAGUCGCGGAAUUGGUUAUGUGUUACCCAAACUUUUAGCGUCCGAAUCUAUGUGAAACAUGCUUGUUUAUAAAUAAAUAUAAGUGACAGAGUCUGAAUGCUGGCUUUGAAAUUCUUCAGGAGUUUCCGGCCGUGACGUUAACAUAGUUUUCAGCUGUUUAUGGUGAAAAGUCCAGCUGGGAUAGUGGAAGGAGUGGUUGAAUAGUAUGGUCGCGUGGCGGGCGCUUGCGCUGUGGUUGCUGGCGGCCAGUGCCGGCGCCGGCGUCGUCGCGCAACAAAAUGUCACAAUCACAAGAAUGCAAUUGGAGCUGGAGGAGACGCACGAGCUGCACUUGGACACCAGCGUCGAGUUCAUUCUGGACUUUAACCCGAACGACGAACAGGCCCGGUGGCCCAUGCGCGUGUGGGUGGACAGCGACGCCGGCCACCCCUCCCGCCCGCUUAUACUCACCUACAGGCAGCGCGCCGGCGCGGGCACGUGGCAGCUGCCGUGGUCGUCGGGUUCGCAUCUGCGGUUCGAGUUGGAGCGGACGCUGUGCGCCGACGACGCCGUCGACGAGACCACGCCCGAUUGCGAGCAAGAGGGCGGGGCUCGGGGCUGGAUAUCCUUACACGUGGUGGCGUCGUGCGCGUCUCGCGUGCGGCUGCGGGUGAGGCCGGCGCGAGACUGGCGGCUGCGGGACUCGCUGCACUCCACCGCCACGCUGUUAUCGCCUCGCGUGCACCACUAUUCGUUCCCCGAGGGACAGACGCAGGUGCGGCUCGUGGCGUCCUCUGAGGACGACGUGUGCGCCACGCUCGCUGUGCAACAAUACGGGUGUCCAAUAGCGGAGACGCUGCAGGAGCUGUCCACCACCACUAUGCGGAUGAGCAUGCAGCGCUCCGGCGCCGUGCAGCUGUCGCGCGAGAGAUUCCCACGCGGCUUCCUGGUACUGGUGCUGGUUCACGAAACAGACGAGGCGUGCGAGAACGAGCAGCCCGCCCACGAGGACUGGCUGUGGGCGGCCGCGGUGUACGGACCCGACCCCGCCCGCCCGCACCCGCCCCGCACCAAGACCGUCACUCUGGCCGUACAGGAGGCGUUGUCGCGCGAGCAGUACGCGAUAGCUGCAGUCGCGACGCUGGCGGUGUUCCUCUCCGUAUACGCGGCCUUCGGAGUGGUGGUGCUGCUGCAGCGCUGGCCGCCCUUCCGCCGCCUCGUGGAGCCCCGCGCCGUGCUCGCGCCCAAACCAGACCCAGACGCGUCGCAGUCUCAAACUGACACCGCGCACGACGGUUCCAGGCGGCGAGAUUCCACGGCGACGUUCGACAGCAGCGACAACAGCGACUCUGACUCGGACGUGGAGGGGGUCGGGCGAUCCACACCCGCGCCAUCUAUUGUUCAACAACCGAACACAACGCCAUCUAUCGGCACCCCACCGAACAACGUGCUGCCUAUUGCCAAUCCACCGAACACAACGCCAUCUAUCGUCAACCCACCAACCGACAGCAUCCGCUCCGUGGCUGGAAUCCAGGCUUCAGCCACAAAUAACGUUCUUUGUCCUGACAACACAGGGAGUGAUGGUCCAUCCCGCGACGUUGGGACGAUAGUUACACAGGCUACAAUAAGUAGGACGACGAGCGAGCCAUCAUCACCAGCCUCCAGAACAGCGGCUUCCGGUCACACCCCAGGGGGUGAGAAUGGUGCAGUGACGUCGGACACUGAUAUCAAUCGAGUGACUUUCAUCGAUACAGCUAACGAACAAACCGGAGGCGUGGAGCCUAACGGAACGCAGUCCCCGUUCGGUCUGCCGGCGCGGCUGCACGUGGCGGCGCUGUCCCGGCGGCGCGCGCGAGUGCUGAAGGCGCGCGCCGACCGCUACCUCACUACGCUGCUCACGGUAGCUGUGUUCUACUCGCUGCCGGUGCUGCAGAUCGUCUUCACCUUCCAGAUCUUCGUGAACGUGUCGGGCUCGCUGGACGUGUGCUACUACAACUUCCUGUGCGCGCACCCCGCCGGGCUGCUGUCCGACUUCAACCACGUGUACUCCAACCUGGGCUACCUGCUGCUGGGCGCGCUGUUCAUACUGCAGCUGCAGCGCCGGCGCCGCGCCCGCGCCCUGCACCCCCGUCACGAGGAUUACGGCAUCCCGGCUCACUACGGGCUGCUGGCGGCGCUGGGCGCCGGCAUGAUGGUGGUGGCGCUGCUGUCCGCCAGCUACCACGUGUGCCCCAACCGGCUCAAUUUCCAGUUCGAUACGUCGUUUAUGUACGUGCUGGCAGUGCUGAGCAUGGUGAAGAUCUACCAGUCGCGGCACCCCGACGUCAACGCGCGCGCGCACGCCACCUUCGGCGUGCUGGCGGUACUCAUCGCGCUCGUGGUGUGGGGCGUGGUGGGGGGCGGCGCGCUGUUCUGGGGCGUGUUCACGGUGCUGCACGUGUUCACGUUCCUGCUGCUGUCCCUGCGCAUCUACUACCUGGGCCAGUUCCGCUUCGAGAAAGAGACGAUUCAACGCGCGGCGCGGCAGCUGCGUGACAACCCCGGCCUCGGGCUGCGGCCGCUGUACACCGCGCGCCUCGUGCUGCUGCUCAUCGCCAACGCGCUCAACUGGGCCAUCGCGCUGCUAGGGUUGUUCAGGCAGAGCGCGGACUUCGCGUCGCACCUGCUGUACGUGCUGCUGGGCAACACUCUGCUGUACAUGUGCUUCUACCUCGUCAUGAAGCUGCUGCACGGCGAGCGACCGCGCUGGUACGCGUGGGCCUACACCAUCGGCGCGGCGUUGUGCUGGGUGCCGGCGCUGUACCUGUUCACGUUCGGGUCGUCGUCGUGGUCGGCGUCCCCGGCGGCGUCGCGGCACCUCAACCACGCCUGCAUGGUGCUGCAGUUCUACGACGCGCACGACCUGUGGCACAUGCUGUCCGCCGCCGCGCUCUACCUCUCCUUCAACGCCAUGCUCACCUGGGACGACGGGCUCGCCGCCGUGCCCCGCACUCACAUCGCAGUCUUCUGACCGCCGCCCACCGAUAUCGUCGCGGCACCUCAACCACGCCUGCAUGGUGCUGCAGUUCUACGACGCGCACGACCUGUGGCACAUGCUGUCCGCCGCCGCGCUCUACCUCUCCUUCAACGCCAUGCUCACCUGGGACGACGGGCUCGCCGCCGUGCCCCGCACUCACAUCGCAGUCUUCUGACCGCCGCCCACCGAUAUCGACGGACUCGACGGUCGACCGAGGCCCGGCCCCUCUAGCAUGACAUGACCACCGUAACGGGAUAUGAUAAAGCGAUAUAUCGGCAUUAAUUGUCAGACUACAGUGGAGUCUGACAGUUAAUGUCGAUAUAUCGCUUUAUCAUAUCCCGUUUCGGUGGUCAUGCUAGAGGGGCUGCACGACAGUUUUUCGAUAGCUGGAACGCUAUCGUGGACAAUAAAUAAUAAUGAAAUUAAAGUUAAUCGAAGAAUGAAUUUCUUUGUUUCCAUGUAGACCCCGCUUGUUCGUGUCCAUGUCUCCGGCUAUCUGUAUAAUGCAGGUGUUCUAUACAACGGCUAGACAAUGUAUAGAAUACCUGGGACAUUUAGGCGAUGUAUGGAAUAUUAUAAAUUUUAUUUUCCAUUUUAUCCUUUCCCUUGGUAAUGUAUAAGAUUCCUAUGGAUUGUAUAGAGUACUCGCUGGCUCACCGGUAGUGUGUAAAAUAAACAGAUUCAUAUGUUUCCGACGAUUAUGGGAUUUUAAAAAUUGCCUAGGUAUUGUAUAGAAUACCGAAUUAUACAGAUUGCCGGUAACAUAUAUUACCAAAUACAUUAUUAAAUCAUAGUUGCACAUUGACUAAAUAUUUGAUUGUUUUAGCAUAAUUAUUAUUGUUUUAUUGUUAAUUGUGUUUUGAUUGUACACUUUUGAUACUUAAUAAUCAGUUAUAUGAUAUGAGGCUAUCAAUGCAUUGUCUUUUCUCAUCAGUACAAUCGUGUGAUCUAUCAUGUGGUCUAUGUGAGACUGCCAGGUUGUUUUUGCCAAGGAACUUUCGAAGUAAAGUUAAUUUGUACUUGACUUUCACUAUUUUAACUUAAUGACUGAUCAGAGAAAUCGCACUAACAAAACUUUUUCAUUCAUGUAUUGUUGAAAACAUUUGUUUUAUAAAUGUAAAUGUACAUUUUUUUUUUGUAUCUAAACAUGUAAUAAAAUAUUGCCUUAUUAAAAAAUAAAUGAUUGUUUCAUUUUUAUAGCAAUGCGUUA